GCCCUCACCACCAGGCUAGACGUGAAGGCUCACGAGGGGCUGGCGUGGAUCUCGGUUCUUUUCUGGACCCCGAGGAUGCCGGUGAAGUGCCACCCAAUCCGCGGGAAGCGACACCACCUCCACCGCAGGAAGCGAGACCACCUCCACGACAGCAUGGUCAAAAUAACAAUAACCUGACUGGCGUAGGUGCCCAGAGUAAGGUCCCGGACCAGCCUGGCGUCGCGGUGAUGGUACGCGUGUGGAAAGAAGACGGCGCGCACUUGUAUGAGGUGCGGCCCACGUGGGUGUACGAACCGCGGUCGAACAAGUGGGUGGCAGAGCUGCGCUCCAGCAUAAGCGCGUCGGACUACACAUACCAUCGCAAUUUGGAAAGGACUGGUGGACGCGCGGGCGAAAACGGACCGCCUGACAAGCUCGUAGAACUGAAGGACCGGCGGCGGCUUGCGGAGUCCGACUGGGCGCAUGUUGGCCGUGGCGGCCGCGCGGGGCAGGUGCAAGACGCCACGAUCCAUCGGCGGCGGGUGGAAGGCGAAAGCGCACCCCAAACGCAUACGUUUGCCGACUACAUGCAGGGCAGAGGUGUGCUCGAGAAAGGCAUCGACGCGGACGAUGAUAUUGUGCCACGCCAGGACCUCGAAUUCGCUAUCGGGAUGAAUGUCGAGAAUGCGCAGUCAACUCCGCUGUUAAUGAGUAGGGGCAUUGAUCCAGCGCUCUUCCGCAGCCAGACCACUGCCGGCGGACCCACGUUGCAGGGGAAUUUUGAUGCGGUCGAGGAAUUCCGAGAGCAGAUGGCGCUUCAAAAUCUGAGUAUCAGAAGCGCUCUCGCCCCCGGCCUCCAACAAGCACAACCGCAGCAUAAUGCGGCCAACGCGUACACGCCUGAAAGAGCUGACUACCUGCGCUUCGUAGCUGCCCGCGAUACCAUGCUGCGUGCUGCGGGACAGAAAAUAAGACCGAAAAAGAACCAUGAUGGCAGCCACCGUUCUGAACUAUUGAAGAUGAUGGACAGCUACAACCAUCCCGACGCCGACGCCGGUCGCAGAGGGCUGCGCGAGGCGCAGAAGAUGUCGCACAAAAAAAAGGCGAAAGAACAAGCAGAGUUUCGGUUCAACGCCUCGGCGAGACAACAACAUGACCCCUACGCACGUGCUGGCAGGGGUGGAGGUAUUCAAACGUCUUCUGGACGUGCGCAUGCUGCCGGAAUGGGAGCGUUCGCUCCGCCACGGCGCACGUAGUUAAAGAAGGGCAUACUUAUGAACCAUGAAUAGGGAUUAACUCUAAGAUUAAGAAAUGGAGCUUAAGUCGAUGUCAAUAAUGACGCAAUCCAAGUGCUAUCUCUUGCUUUCUGAAUAUUGGGACGUGCAUGGCUUUAUGCUGCGGCACCUGCAGCGAUUAUAGAGUGGUUGUAUUUUUCGGCGAUGCACAAGAGCCGCUUCAUUAUUCUGAAUAUUUGCAGAUGCAGACACGCUCCUGAGGAAUUGGAAUCAAUUUGCAAUCAGUUUACGAAAGAUCAU